AUGAAUCCUGCUUGGACCUAUUUUAAAAAACUUGGACAUGUUUUAGGUUUUAAGCAAAAAAGACAUUUAUGCACAUUAUACAAUACUCAAAUUAAUGAUGCUAUUAGACAAGCUCGUACACAUAAUAAAAAUUGUCCAAAUAUGACACCAGAACAAAAAAAAAUAUGCUUACAACAAAUGAGAUCUAAUAAGUUUACCAAAUCAAACUUAUCUAAACCAGUUAAUUUACAAACAAAAAUCUCAACAAAUAUAGAAAGUUUUGGAGAUCAUAUUUCAAAAAGUGAACAAAUAUCUCUUGAACUAA